GCAGGAUUGGAAUCCACUAGCUGCACCCAGCUCUCCGAGGCAGGGUUGAGGGCAGAGGGAAUGUCACCUCUCCUGGCUCUGGGGCUCCUGGUGGCUGGGCUGUGCCCUACUGUCCACUGCCUCCCGGGGGGCGUGCUUGACGGGGAGAAUGUGACCCAGGAGGACCAACACAGGAGGACGCCUGCGGACAACCUCAGAUUAACCUCCAGCAACACCGACUUCGCCUUCAGCCUCUACAAGCAGCUGGCUUCAGAGACCCCCAAGAAGAAUGUCAUCUUCUCCCCGCUGAGCGUCUCCAUCGCCUUGGCCCUCCUGUCGCUGGGGGCCCGCGGCACCACCCUGAAAGAGAUCCUCGAAGGCCUCAAGUUCAACCUCACGGAGACAACCGAGGCAGAAAUCCACCAGGGCUUCCAGCACCUUCUGCGUACCCUCAGCCACCCCAGCAACCAGCUGCAGCUGAGCGUGGGCAACGCCGUGUUCGUCGAGGGUCAGCUGAAGCUGCUGCACAAAUUCAGGGACAAUGCCAAGUCUCUGUACGCCUCUGACGCCUUCCCCACCGACUUCCAGGACUCCGUCGCCGCCGAGAAGCUCAUCAACGACUACGUGAAGAGUAAAACCCAGGGGAAAAUUGAGGAUUUGGUCAAGGACCUUGACAUGCACACAGCCAUGGUCCUGGUGAAUUACAUCUUCCUUAAAGCCAAGUGGAAGACGCCGUUUGACCCUGAAGAUACUUUCCAGUCCCGGUUUUACGUGAGAAAGAAGAAGUCAGUGAAGGUGCCCAUGAUGAGCCUUGAGGACCUGACCGCGCCCUACCUCCGGGACGAGGUGCUCUCCUGCACCGUGCUGGAGCUCCAAUACGCCAGCAACGACAGCGCCCUCUUCAUCCUCCCCGACGAGGGCAAAAUGGAGGCCGUGGAGGCCAUGCUGUUCCCGGAGACCCUGAGGAGGUGGAGAGACUCGCUGCAGAUGAGAUGGAUAGAUGAACUCUAUCUGCCAAAGUUUUCCAUCUCCAGCAAGUAUAAUCUGGAAGAUGUACUCCCCCAGCUGGGCAUAAGGGAAGUCUUCACCAACCAGGCUGACCUGGCAGGAGUCACAGGAGCCAGGAAUCUGGUGGUUUCCCAGGUGGUCCACAGCACCGUGCUCGAUGUGGCCGAGGAGGGCACGGAAGCAGCUGCUGCCACGGGAAGCAAAAUUACUUUCUUGUCCGGAAAAAUGGGCCCACUGACCACUGUGCGUUUCAACAGGCCCUUUCUGUUAUUCAUAAUCAGCAAAGACACCCAGAGCAUCAUCUUUGGGGGCAAAGUCGCCAACCCCAAUCAAGCCUAGAGCUCCCCUCCAAGCGCUGGGCCCUUCACUAAGGAACCGGGUGCCUGGGUUUCUGGGUGUAGCCUGUGCUCCAAGGAGACUUGGGUCAUCUCUGAAGCUAAAGGGGAUAACACAGACAAGACCACAUCUUAUAAAGCACGUUAAUGAUUUCAUUUUUGUUCCAGCUUUGUUGGGAUAUAAUUUACACAUAAAUUGUGUAAGUUUAAUGUGUGCAACGUGACGAUUUCACACACACACACAUACAUAGUGAAUAGUGUCAGUUAACACCUCCAUCACUCCACAUAAUUACCAUUUUGUGUGUGUGUGGUGAGAACGUUUAUGAUCUACUCUCGUAGCAACUUUCAAUUAUAUAAUACAGUAUUGUUAACCAUACUCACCAUGCUGUACAUUAGCUCCCCAAACUUACUCAUCUUCUAACUGGAAGUUUGUACCCUUUGACCGACAUCUCCCCAUUUCCCCUACUCCCAGCCCCUGGCAACCACCAUUCUACUCUGUUUCUACGAGUUCAGCUUUUUCCCAUUCCACAUAUAAGUGAGAUCAUCCAGUACUUGUCUUUCUCUGUCUGACUUAUUUCACUUAGUGUAAUGCCCUCAAGGUCCAUCCAUGAUGUCACAAAUGGCGAGAUUUCCUUCUUUCUCAUGGCUGCAUAAUAUUCCAUUGUGUGUAUAUAUAUACCAUAUUUUUUUAUCCAGUCACACUUAGACACUUGAGUUGUUUCCACAUCUUGGCUAUUGUGAAGAAUGCUACAAUCAACAUCGCUGUGCAAAUAUCUCUUUGAGACAGUACUUUCAUUUCCUUUGGAUAAAUACCCAGAAGUGGGAUUGCUGGAUCAUAUGGCAGUUUUAUUUUUAAUUUUUUGAGGGACCUCCAUACUAUUUUCUAUAGUGGCUGUACCAGUUUACAUCCCCGUCGACAGUGCACAAAGAUUCCCAUUUCUCCACGUCCUGGCCAACGCUUGUUAUCUCUUGUCUUUUUAUAAUAGCCAUUCUAAGAGGUGUGAGGUGAUAUCUCAGUGUGGUUUUGACUUUCAUUUCCCUGAUGGUUAGUGGUAUUGAGCAUUUUUUCAAGGACCUGCUGGCCAUUUGUAUGUCUUCUUUGGAAAAAUGUCUAUUCAGGUCCCAUGUCCUUUUUUUAAUCAGAUUGCUUAUGUUUUUUCUAAGUCAUAUAAGUUCCUUAUAUAUUUGGGAUAUUAAGCCCUUAUCAGAAAAUGAUUUGCAAAUAUUUUCUCCCAUUUGAUAGGUUGCCUUUUCAUUUUGUUGAUGGUUUCAUUUGCUGAAGGUUUUUGGUUUGAUGUAGUCCUGCUCAUUUAUUUUUGCCUUUGUUGCUUGUGUUUUUGGUGCCAAUCCAAAAACUCAUUGCCAAGACCAAUGUCAAGGAGCUCCUUCUCUGUGUUUUCCUCUAGGAGUUUUAUGGUUUCAGGUCUUAUGUUUAUUAAGUCUAUAAUUAAUUUUUUGAGCAGCAUAAGAGAGGAGUCUAAUUUCAUUCUUCUAUAUGUGAUUAUCCAGUUUUCCUGACACCAUUUAUUGAGGAGACUAUCUUUUCGCCAUUGAGUGUUCUUGGAUCCCUGGUCAAAUAUUAGUUGACUGUAUAUGCAAGAGUUAAUCUCCGUGCUCUUGACUCUGUUCCAUUUGUCUAUGUGUAUUUUUAUGACAGUACUAUACUGCUUUGAUUGCUAUAGUUUUGUGAUACAGUUUGAAAUCAGGAGGUGUGAUGCCUCCAGCUUCAUUCUUCUUUCUCAGGAUUGCUUUGAAAAAUUAAAAAUAUGUGGAAGUUAAACAACACAUUCCUGAACAAUUGAUCAAAGAAAUCAAAAGGGAAAUAAAAACCAUCUUGAAACAAAUGGA